AUGACAACUGCAAAGCUACCUCUAACGAGUUCUAUACAAUUUAUUCUGUCGACGACAAUUGCGAAUCAGCCAGCAAUGUAUACUAAUUAUUUUCCUCAAGAACCUAUACAAUAUGAAACCUAUAGUCUUCAACUUGGCAAUAAGUUUUAUUUUAAUGUUGAUCAUGUUUGUCGGAGGACCGGUUACGUUAGUAGCGUUAGUUUUCGUCUUUUUACUAAUUGGGAAGGGACUGCAUCACUCUACGUAUUUAUCAUAUCGGGAUUCCUUACUGGCUAUGCAAUUAAACAUCGCUAUGGCAUCAAGCCUCAAAAAUAUACUACACAAUGGCAAACCUUUGAAAUUCCUUCACGUAUAUUGCCCAUAGAGCUCGGCCAGUUUUUAGCUAUUGGUAUGCAAGAUAGCAGUAAUACAAAUAAAAUCUAUGUUGUUAAAUCUAUUACGGCAAUCACCGGAGUAAAUAUAAAAGAAAAUAUAACACAGCCUUAUGUAGAAGCUGCUUACAUUACUGGUGUUGCCUCCGGUUACAGUAUUGUUUAG